AUGGCAUCCCGUCUAACUCCAGCUCCAGAAAGUACGACUAAUUUGGAUGCGCUCGAUGAUGAGCAUCGGAAGGUGCUCAAUAGAGCUCUCGUUGCCGUAGCCUGCCACCAGAUCGGCGCAUAUCUCUUUAGCCUCGAUGAUGGUGCUCAUAAGCAUAAACUUUAUGACGACUGGCGACAAAAAGUACUAGAAGAAAAGGAAAGUGGCAUUGAGUCAAGGCGGUACUAUGAUCCUCCGCCUAUUGCCUUUUCUCAUCGAGCCUAUCAAUAUCCCGAGCAGUAUCCAAGGGGCCUUGACGAUGUGGCUGGCUAUUGGGCCGAGUCUAAGAUCCUUGGCGGUGUCAUUGUCUUUGAUCGUGGCGAGACAGAACAAGAGUGUAGGGCAAUGUGGAUCCAUGGCGACUUAAUUAGAGGGCCCAGAACUCUCUAUCCACCGACCAAGGAACAAUUCGACGCCUUGAUCAAGUUCCUCACUACCCCAUUAGAGGAAAACUUAACAUUCCCAUUUCCUAUCCAUGGAGCAAGCAUCAACAGACCACGAUGGCAUCCAUAUCACGCAUUUGCAUACUAUCACAUCUUCCGUGAUAGGUAUGAGAGGAGGCUUCCGCCAAAUCCAUCACAACCAGGCUGCGUCGAGGACGGGAUGGACUGGCCAGAACUUGAUGAUCGGCGGAUUCUUCUCUUGGGAGGAUUUUCCAGCCCCCAAGGCGAGCCAUACGUUAACGACGAUGAGUAUGCUGCGGCUAAAGAGAGGAUUAAAAUUAUCACACCCUCAUCACCGCUUUAGCGGCUAUCUUAGACCUAGAGAGGAGCUUAGAGCGACAUUUAUUCAUGCUCAGGAGGGUAACGUGGGAUACAAGUCAAGGUCUCGAAAUAAUGUGGGAGAUUUAGAGCAAUAUGAAGGGAAAAUGAGUGACUAAGUCUCUGGUAUAUACUUGCUUGAUAUGAAGAAUUCACACGAAAUUUAAAC